AUGAUCAGGGACUCAGAAAAAUGCCGAAAUCUACCUAUAGUUGUUGCGGGGAACAAAGCAGAUUUGGAGCGAAAACGGACGGUCACUAAAAACGAAGUUCGAACAGCAUCUGCACAUUUCGGCUUCGAGCCCUUAGAAAUUUCCGUCGCUUUGGAUCACGAUGUCGACGAUCUUCUUGUAAGUUUGGUCGCUGAGCUAAAAGAUGCCUAUGCGCCAGAUACAUCAAGUAUUGAGAGAAAGGAAAAGAAGCCCUCACCUCGUAUCGAAGACGAUUUUCAUGCGGCAAUUCGUCGUUAUUCGCAAAGAAAGAAGAAAGCGUUGCCAGAAGAUGUCAAUACCGGGAAAUGCUCCGUUCUGUCGCCAACGUGCUUAUUCAACAAAUUUAAAAGCUGGAAAAAGGAGCAUCUCCAAGGUUGCAAACCUAGUCGCCCACACAUCCACCUCGCUAUUUUUCUUUACCGGUAG